AUGUCCACUGGCGCUUCAACGCAGGCACGCGACACCGUCAGUAAGGCUUUUGAGCGCUUUCAGAGUACUGUCACCCCAGAGCACGCGCGAAACUUCAACAAUACCACACUCAAGGACGUCAGAGAUGCUGCGCGGCAAAUUGAGGCCGAACUUGCCGCACGGCAAAGUCUGAAGAAUAUGAAACGCCUAUAUUCUUUUUUCCAAGGGAUUGAAUGCUACUCGAAGUCGAUCGAGGUCUUAUGCAACGGAACUCCUUAUCUUCCUUGGGUUUGGGCUCCAGUCAAGCUCAUGCUUCAACUAUCCAUGGACUACGUUGAUGCACUGGACAAAUUGAUCGACGCCUACCGAAAGAUUGCAGAUUCUCUUCCAAGCCUUGAUCGCUUGAGCUCAGCAUUGAAAGACAAUCAUGACUUCCAGGCGGUACUAGCGGAUCUCUAUGGUGAUAUAUUGGAGUUUCACCGAUAUGCGUACAAGUUCGUGACCAGACGAUGCAGCUGUGACUGGAUACUCGACUGUAAGGAAAUACAGGCAUGGCUCAAAGACAAGCCGAGUAACGGAGUCAUGUGGUUGCAUGGCAAGCCCGGUGCAGGCAAGUCAGUUAUCUGCGCGAACAUGAUCAGGUCGAUGCAGGACCAAGGAUCCAAAGUUUUUUACUACCUUUGCAGCUACCAAGAUAAUGCUACAGAGACACACUUCAGAAUCCUCAGAUCCAUCGCAGCCCAGAUCAUUCAGAGCAAUCCAGACCUGGCGGAGUACGUCCACGACAAAUACGUCAUUACUCGAACCACUCAAACUCAGAGCAAGUUCAAAGAUCUUCUCACAGACUUGCUGAGCGGUAUACCAUCUUCCCGUCUUGUGAUUGAUGGCAUCGAUGAAUGCGAGCCAGAAGAACAAAAAUUCAUCAUCCAAGAGUUUUCUCGACUCACCUCGCAAGGUGGAAGUGCUCAUAUUUGCAAGGUAUUGUUCUCAAGUCGGGAUAUUCCUACGGUGUCGCGUCACUUGCGGACCAAGAAGAGUAAAGCUUCAGAGCUUCCUCUAGCGCGCGAAGAGAUCGCCGUCCGAGCCGCCAUCAAAAGUGUGGUUGACAAGAGACUUCUUGACUUGCAGGACGACUGGGAUGAGAUUGACCCCGACCCCGAAAUUGUAAAAAGAGUAAAACAUGAGCUAGUAGAGAAGGCAAACGGCAUGUUCCUAUGGGUCCAUCUUGUUCUAUCUUCGUUUGAGGAUAUCUGCAGCAUUCACGACCUUCUCGAAAAUGUUCGGAACCUUCCAAGCGGGUUACCGGAAAUGUAA